AUGCUAGUUUCUCAGAGAGCGCACACCCAGGAAUGGAUCAACGGCUCUGGCCAGCUGCUCUGGACUCAUGGACCCUCGGCAACAGGAAAAACGCUCAUCAGCUCCCUCGUUCUGGACCAUAUUCGCUCACAAAAACUAAUCAACCGCCACAGCACCCGACAGCUCGUGGCUCAGCUGCCCGAGGUCCCCUCGGAGACCCUCAAACUGGUCGAGAACUACUCCCGUUUCCCGGCCCUUGAAAAGGGAAAUUCAGGCGGACUAUGGAAUCUGAUCACUGCACCAUUCAGCUCUACCUUUAUUAUAUUCGUUGGCGUCGAUGCGUCGGAAACGGCAUUGAAAGAUAUGCUGACUGGCCUGGCCGGCGACGAUGUCCAACACGGCGAGGACGAUGACCUCAAGGCUUACAUUCUGCAUGAUACAGCACCCCAAUCGGAUCGGCAGGAUGCGCCUGAAAUGGCCGAGAUCGCCGACAAGAACAUGUUGGAUGUUGUCCUGCGCUUGAUUGCCGGGCUAGAAGAGAUUGGACACCAUCCUACGACAUUCGCAAUAGCAGACAUCCUGCCCGCACUCGGCGUACUUAAAGACAGCGACUGCUACACGGCUGCGGAUGUAGAGGCCGUUUGCCGUGGCUUCAUCUCCCUUCACGCGCAGACCCCGGAGAUAAGAAUCCGACGGCCACUGUUGCAGAACUAUCUACGAGAGGAUCCCCAGGGUAAUGCCAACGAGACAAUGCUGCAGGCUUUAAUGUGCUAUUUGUCGCAGGAGGAUUUCCAGGCUGGCGCAUAUCUGUCAUCAGUGGGUCUGAAGCAGCGAUUUCAAACCCAUCCUUUCCUUCCGCUUGCAGCGCGAAUGGUGCCGGUGUAUACCUCAGAGCUGUGUCAGCCGCAAAAAGUCGUGGGCGCGUUUCUACGAUUCGCGUCCCAUCGUUGCUCGAUCGGCUCCUGCCUCCAAGCCGCUGAAGCCUGGCCCUUCCGGGACGGCGUCACCUAUGAGGAGCUGGAGACAGUGGGAGAGCGGUGGACAUAUUUCCUACGUGGCUAUGGUCCCCUUCAUAUCGCUGCACACAUUGUCGGCGGAUGGUUGUUUGUCGAAACACUCCUGCAACAGGGGGCAGACACCGAGGCUCGCACGGAGAACGGACAGACGACGCUGCAUAUCGCGGCCGCAAUCGAGGACGAGUCAAAGACCGUUCGUGCUCUUCUUGAAAUGGAGCCAAUGCGACCGCGGUCGAUGAUGGGGAAGAAAACCCCGCUGACGAUUGCAUCGUCGCGGGGAACCUGGAAUCGCAGCUGCUAUCAUGCCGCCGUCCCAUUCAUCUAUUCCUCACUGUCGUUGCGACUUACGACGGGCAAGCAGCUGGAGCGUACAGUCGAGGAGAUAUUUCAUCACCCACUCCGACGGCAAUGUCUCUCUUACGCGCGACAAUUAAAUCUAGGAGGACAGAUCUUCCGCCUGCCGAACAGUCCCGAAGACGAGGAGAAUAUAUCCAGGCUGGAAAUCGAGUACUGGGAUGGCCUCGCGACGCAAGAAACCGAUAUCUGCUCGGCAGCAGAACUGGAACCAACGUACAAGGACAUCUUCACCAACGACGGUGAUGAGCAAGAGUCCUACGAAAGCGCAACCAGCGCAUUCUGGGCACCGCUUGCGACGCUCAUUACCCAUCUUCAGCACCUGGUCGUGUUGAACUACUCCUGCGUGAAUCAGUUCCCUCCCUGCUUACUGGAGGCACUGCACAUGCAUCAUCCGGCAUGCAAGCUGAACCUCGACACCUUUCGCUUCCACAGUCUCCAGCGUCCCGAGACGGAUCCUUUCGAGCGCGAUCUGAUCCGCUCGCCCUGUUUACAUGGUCUGACCGUGCGGUAUGUACGAAGUCUCUCCGAGGACGACAUCCAGGAAGACUAUAACGAAGAGGCCGUGAUCGAGACGGUUCAACUCGCGCCGCAUUUGAAACAGCUCCGGUUUCAACAAUGCUCACACCUAAUCACCGAGGAAAGUGAGGCACGGAGGUCUGAUCCGAAGGCAAAACGUUGGAACGGCUUCGUCCCUCCCAUUCCGGCCGGAGGAGUCCGCGAAAAGGCGACUCUGACCUGUCUCACGACGUCGGGAACGAAAGUAGGGAUGGAUUCGCAAACGCUGGACGAAUGGGAUCGGAGGACGGAUUUGUCGACGCUGCAGUCGUUGAACCUGAACUAUGUUUCCCGGACAGACGUUCUGUCAAAAGCGACGGAACUGGGGUGCUUCAGGUCCCUGAAAAAGCUGGCGAUACAUCUGGCCAUCCCAUGCAGCACGGCGCAGGACCGGCUUCCGGCGGAGAUGUUCUUCAACAGUCUUCCGCCCCUGAAGACACUACGUCUGUUUGGUCUGAUUAACAUGCCCUUACUCCAGACAAUCCUGAAGAGACACGGGCCGUCAUUACGGGAGCUGCGGAUUCACCCUCGUGCGGUGAUGCAUACGUUUUUCAACGUGGUGAAAUCCAUGGUCCUCACUGCUACCGAGAUCUCGUGGAUCGGAGAGAGCUGUCCCCACGUCGAGCAACUGGACCUAAUCAUGAAUCGAUCCAAGGGGGACCGAAGAGAGACCGCCUGCUACGAGGCUCUGGGGAAGUUUCCGGCCUUGAAAGAGGUGUACAUUCAUCUGUUCUACUCGAUGGAGCCGCUCCGCAGCGUCGAGAAUCUCGACGGACCGCUGGACGAGUACGACCGAUUGUCUUACAACGACGCCUGCGGGAACAAGAGCGCAAUUAAUGCCCCGGUCCUCGGCGCUCCCCUCCGACCUCAUGAGUGGUGCACGGCUCACAUUCGCGACGCAUUGAUCAAUGCGGCCAUCGAUACCAAACUGGCUCGGGCCAUCUGGGAGACGAUUGUAUCGUGUCCAUCCCACCGGGAGAUCCUUCAGCGUCUGAUCCUUCAUCCGCACGUGUUCUGCGCCGAUGUCUCCUACUCCAUUGAGGAGAAGGUGACGCACAUGGCUCGCCGACUGCAGGUCGAUUGGAAAGGCUACGGGAACGAAGUGGAUAUUACCGAGAUCGGACGAGAAAUCAGAGAACGCAGGGACAAGGAGCAAAGACGACUGGAGAGAGAAAUGCUGGAGAAAUGGGGCACGUUACAAGGGGCGCGUCUUGCAGAUCGCACGAUUAUGAGCAGGAUAUGGCCCGAACAGUCGGACACUCAGGACUGGCGCGAUGCUUGGUCCAGUUUGCCACUGGCGGAUUGA